AUGAACAAGGAAGCACUGCUGUCGAUUGCUGAGCGCGAUUUUAUUCUCAAUGCGCUGCGCGAAGAUGUGCGCCUGGACGGCCGGGGCCUGGACCAGUUGCGUCCGCUAAAGGUUUCGUUUGGAGAGGAGUAUGGACAUGUGAAGGUGCAAUUGGGGAAGACUACCUUGAUUAUUCGCAUCUCGUCCGAAGUCACAAAACCCCGCGACGACCGUCCGUUCGACGGCGUUUUCACAAUUGCGCUAGAACUCUCAGCAAUGGGCUCUCCGGCGUGGGAUAAUGGCCGCCAGGGAGACCUCGAAACGUACGUGACCAAUGUCGUCGACCGUGUAGUACGACACUCGAAUGCGCUCGACACCGAAUCACUAUGUAUCCUGAAAGGCGUGAGCUGCUGGAGUAUUCGGGCCGAUGUCCACGUAGUCGACUACGACGGUAACCUGAUCGAUGCCGCCUGCAUCGGUGUCAUGGCCGGUCUACAGCACUUCCGCCGCCCGGAUGCCGUUGUCAAAGACGGCCAAGUUGUCGUCUACGGCAUCGACGAGCGACUCCCGGUUGCCCUCAACAUCACACACAAGCCGCUCUCAGUUACCUUUCACACAUUCGAUGAAGGCAAGCGGGUGAUUCUCGAUGCGACACGAAAGGAAGAGCAGGCGUCGGAGGCGGAUGUGGUGAUUGGUAUGAAUAGCGCAGGGGACGUUUGCUACGUCUCCAAAUUCUCAGGCGCACCGGUUGAUGCGAUAGUAUUUGUGACCAAGUCGACUGUCGCGCUGGAGAAGGUGAAGGAGAUCAAUGGCAUUAUCGAGAAGGCGUUACAGGCGGAUUUGGCGAAACGGACAAAUACUGGAAUGGUUGAAGCAUCACGAGCGGAGAAUGACCGGUGA